CUUAUUUUGACAUAAACCAGUAUGGUGUCACGGUGAACAUUUACAGUGAAAUUAAAGUGCGCGACUACAGUAGAACUUAUAUGAAUAACAAUUGUGUGAUAUUUACUAAGCUGUAGGAUUAGGAGUACCAAAAUCUGCAUAAGAUGGAGGGAUGGACAUUGUGUAUUAUCAUAAUUAUGAUUGUGUUUGUAAUUCCUGAAACGAUUUUCCUAUUCGUGGGAUUCUUCACUCCUCACUGGGUGUCAGAUUCGGCUUGUGAUGCAGUUGGUUUGUUCUAUAAAUGUUGUUCAGUGUCCGACGACAACAUUCGAAAUAUAACCGCCAAUAGCACCAGUGAUGUCAACCUCAGCAGUAUGAUUAUUGUUAGCCGUUCUAACAAUGAAACAGCUGUAACCACAAAAUGUGAAUAUAAAGGUGCAGAGAGUCUAGAUGUCCGUAUUCUUGGACUAGAAGCAACAACAUUAGCAUUGGUAAUGCUACCCGUUCUCUUGAUACCUCUGUUGAUACGCAAUGAUGUAUGGAUAGGAUAUAAAGACUUCUUGGAAUGGUUUACAAUUUUAAGUACCUUUAGCCAUCUCAUUGCAGCCGUCUUCAGUUUUUCUGGGUGCAUGAUUGUUGUAAGCGAGUACGAAUCUUCUCAGUUUGGAUAUUCGUUCAUUCUCUGUUUGAGUCAUGGUUGUUACGGACUGUUUGCAUUAGGUACACUUUCCGUUUCGUCUGUGAUCGGUUAUAUGAAAGACAAGUCAUCAAAGUCAUGCGAUCUUCAAAAUCAGACAUCAGGUCCUCAAACUCAUAAAACCGUUGAAAAAAGGGAAAGUACUUUAAUUGCGUCUGAUGAGAUUAACAGUGAGAGCACUCUUUUUCCGACUCCUACUCCCAAUACCCUCGAACAUGACUUUGGCAGCGAUGGUAACUCAAAAGAUAAAAACGAAAGCAAUAUUGUGCAUGUACUGAGUAAGCUGAAUUUUAAAAAGUUCUUUGUUUUUUCGGUUGGAAAGUGUCAUUGUGUUUACGUCAAAAAUAAGGAUGACAAUUAACUGAAAAUGCAUACACGUUUUGUGAGAAUAGUGUUGUUAGAUUCAAAAUGACCUUUCUAAACAUGUUAUAGGUAUUUAAAUGUAAGGACGAUAUUUUUGGACAAAUAGGUAAAAGCGAGGUGUAGUUCACAUAUAACGAAUGGAUAACCGUCUUAUGUUACGAUAUUAUGUUUUCAGAAUACCAUGCAUUUGUAUAUAUAUCAUAAACCUAUAGGCAGAAGAGUAACAAUAUCUGUGAAAAUAAUUUUAAAUCCGACGUCUCUCAUAUAAACAUUGGGUGGUCGAAUUGAAACGCUUUUCUUUUUUUAGCUCACCUGUCACAUAGUGACAAGGUGAGCUUUUGUGAUCACGCAGCCUCCGUCGUCCAUCGUCCGUCCGUAAACUUUUGCUUGUGACCACUCUAGAGGUCACAUUUUUUGUGGGAUCUUUAUGAAAGUUGGUCAGAAUGUUUAUCCUGAUGAUAUCUAGGUCAAGUUCGAAACUGGGUCACGUGCCAUCAAAAACUAGGUCAGUAGGUCUAAAAAUAGAAAAAUCUUGUGACCUCUCUAGAGGCCAUAUAUUUCAUAAGAUCUUCAUGAAAAUUGAUCAGAACGUUCAACUUGAUGAUAUCUAGGUCAGGUUCGAAACUGGGUCACGUGCCAAAAGAAACUAGGUCAGUAGGUCAAAUAAUAGAAAAACAUUGUGACCUCUCUAAAGGCCAUAUUUUUCAUGGGAUCUGUAUGAAAGUUGGUCUGAAUGUUCAUCUUGAUGAUAUCUAGGUCAAGUUCGAAACUGGGUCAUGUGCGGUCAAAAACAAGGUCAGUAGGUCUAAAAAUAGAAAAACAUUGUAACCUCUCUAAAGGCCAUAUAUUUCAAAAAAUCUUCAUGAAAAUCGGUCAGAAUGUUCAACUUGAUGAUAUCUAGGUCAGGUUUGAAAGUUAGUCAUGUGCCGUCAAAAACUAGGUCAGUAGGUCAAAUAAUAGAAAAACAUUGUGACCUCUCUAGAGACCAUAUUUUUCAUGGGAUCUGUAUGAAAGUUGGUCUGAAUGUUCACCUUGAUGAUAUCUAGAUUAAGUUUGAAAGUGGGUUACGUGCCAUCAAAAACUAGGUCAGUAGGUCAAAUAAUAGAAAAACCUUGUGACCUCUCUAUAAAGGCCAUAUUUUUCAUGGGAUGUAUGGAAGUUGGUCUGAAUAUUCAUCUUGAUGAUAUCUAGGUCAAGUUCAAAACAGGGUCAUGUGCGGUCAAAAACUAGGUAAGUAGGUCUAAAAAUAGAAAAACCUUGUGACCUCUCUAGAGGCCAUACCCUUGAAUGGAUCUUCAUGAAAAUUGGUCAGAAUGUUCACUUUGAUGAUAUCUAGGCCAAGUUUGAAACUGGGUUACGUGCCUUAAAAACUAGGUCAGUAGGUCAAAUAAUAAAAAAAACCUUGUGACCUCUCUAGAGGCCAUACUUUUCAUGGGAUCUGUAUGAAAGUUGGUCUGAAUGUUCAUCUUGAUGAAAUCUAGGUCAAGUUUGAAACUGGGUUAACUGCGGUCAAAAACUAGGUCAUUAGGUCUAAAAUUGUUAAAAUCUUUUGACCUCUCUAGAGGCCAUAUUUUUCAAUGGAUCUUCAUGAAAAUUGAUCUGAGUGUUCAUCUUGAUGAUGUCUAGGUCAGUUUCGAAACUUGGUCACGUGCGGUCAAAAACUAGGCCAGUAGAUAUAAAAAUAGAAAAACCUUGUGACCUCUCUAGAGGCCAUAUUUUUCAUGAGAUCUUCAUAAAAAUUAGUGAGAAUGUUCAUCUUGAUGAUAUCUAAGUAAUGUUUAAAACAGGGUCACGUACCUUCGAAAACAAGGUCAAUAGGUCAAAUAAUAGAAAAACCUUGUGACCUAUCUAGAGACCAUAUUUUUCAAUGGAUCUUCAUGAAAAUUGGUCAGAAUUUUAAUCUUGAUAAUAUCUAGGUCAAGUUCAAAACUGGGUCACAUGAGCUCAAAAACUAGGUCACUAUGUCAAAUAGUAGAAAAACGACGUCAUACUCAAAACUGGGUCAUUUGGGAAGAGGUGAGCGAUUCAGGACCAUCAUGGUCCUCUUGUUUAUGUUUAUCCUAUGCUUAAGUAUUGUGUUAUAUAAUGCACUAUACGAUGGUGUUUGUAAGAGUUGAUCUGUGACAGAAGUUGUUUAAGCACAGAUAUGUCACAGUGAUUUUAAAGAUUCUAAUAAUAAUACUUCAUUUUUUAACUCUUCAAUACGAUAUUGAUUUCUACCAAAUUUAAUUUUCCAAGAGUAAAAUACUUUGACGUAAGUUGCUAUAUAAUAAGCGCUGUGAUUUUAAACAUUAUGCUAAUAAACCUUUUUUCAUUUCUACAACCCGAAUAUGACUAUAUUGCUUCACAUCCUGGCUGAAUUUUUACCAAGAACUCCCGUGGUGAAAUAUUUUAUGGGAAUGUUUGUUUAUUUUGGUGCGUUUACAGUCACAGUGACGUAAUUUAGAUCUUAUGGUGACUUUUCCAGCUAGGGCUACUAUAGAAAGCACUUUUAUCGCCGUUUUUGCAAGUGUAAAUGAUCGCUUCUGGUAAUCAAGCCAUAUCGUUUAAUAAAUUAAGAAUUCAAUUUAUAGUGUAAAACAUUUUAUGUUACAAUUCAUUUCAAUUAAUAUAUAUGCAAAGAUGGAAGGAUCACAGCUUUAAUGCAUUUUUUACCUGUAAUAUUGAUAUUGCAUUUGACGCAUUUUGUAAGAAAACCUGUUCCACCGGUUCAAAGCUUAAGGACGAGUAUAUUUUCCUGAACAGGAUGGAAAUUGUAGGAGCUAGGAGUCGUAUGUAAAAUGUAAAAAUGUAAAAUCCAAAAUGGUGGUGCAACGCAUGAAAACAAUUCGGACAAAACAAACUUGAAAGAACACGUAUGUUUGCUUCAUGCAGAUGAUGUGUAUCAAGCUACGCUUCUAUUGGACGGAAACCUUAAGAGAUGGUUACACAAGAUAACUUGUCACUGAUGGAUGGACUGCCAGUACUUGUUUCCCGUGUUUUCGACCCCGGGUACAAAUUCUAACAACAAAGAACGUGUUUCUGAAAUUGAAGAACAGUAUCGAAUAUCUUUAUGCCUUACUGACUUGCCUUUUGAUGGUCUUAAACUUUAUUAUGUUCUCUUUGUUUUGUUACGUAUCUAACAUAUGAGUUAUUCCAGUGGUCCCUACGCAUUCUUUUUUGUAUCAUGGUCCACCAAUAUGAACAACACAUUCGGCUACUAACUUUGAUUGACAAAUUAACAUUCCGUUUAAAGCGUUGGUACUAUCACGUGACACGCGUACUCUAACUGAGAUAGAGAACGGUUUCAGAAAGUUCAACAUUUCCCUACAGUAUUCUAUAAGCGGGCGGGGCCUAAGACAUUUUAUCUAAUUAUCUCAGUUAUAAUGACACUGCAGGUAAACCAUGAUACAAGUCAGUGUUAUUUACACAAAUAUGGUACCGGUAUUAGAU